CGGGUUGGUAAACAAGGCAUCAAAUGAAUGGACACGGAAGUCCUCCAGUCAGGCUUCACUGCUUUUCUUGGGCCAGUAUCAAUUACCACAAGCAAUCCAAUCAGAGGGGAAAGGUGUGGGCAGGAGAAGAAAUUCAGGAGAGAGACCAACCUACGUAUUCCAAACUGAACCAGCCAGCGUCCGUGGUUUCAGGUAGAGGCAACAGGAUACAGACAAUACAGAUGCCUGGCACAGCAAGACACGACCGGGAGAUGGCAAUCCAGGCCAAGAAGAAACUGGCGCAAACCACAGAUCCAGUCGAGCGGCUGCGCCUUCAGUGUCUGGCAAGGGGUUCUGCGGGCAUCAAAGGCCUUGCUAGGGUCUUUCACAUCAUGGACGAUGACCGCAACCGGACUCUUGAUUUCAAAGAAUUUUUGAAAGGCCUUCAUGAUUAUGGUGUACUGGUAGAAAAAGAAGAAGCUGAAAGGAUUUUCAAAACCUUUGAUAAAGAUGGGAGUGGAACAAUUGACUUUGACGAAUUUCUCCUAACAUUAAGACCUCCAAUGUCUAAUGCAAGGAAAGAAGUUGUUAUGCAAGCCUUUCGAAAGCUGGACAGAACUGGUGACGGUGUGAUCACAAUUGAAGACCUACAAGGACUCUACAAUGCAAAACAUCACCCCAAGUACCAGAAUGGAGAAUGGUCAGAAGAUCAAGUUUUUAGGACUUUUCUAGAUAACUUUGAUUCACCUUAUGAUAAAGAUGGACAGGUUACAACGGAUGAAUUCAUGAACUAUUACGCAGGCGUCAGUGCUUCAAUUGACACCGACGUCUACUUCAUUGUGAUGAUGAAAAAUGCUUGGAAGAUCUAAUUACAUGAAAUGAGACUGUUUUUCUUUUUGUUGUUGUUGUUUCAAAUAGAUCUUUAGACUGACAUGCUGGGCUUGCAUUCUGUGUAAUAAUAAUGUGAUUGCAUUCCACAUAACAUCCAAGUAGCACCGCAUUUAUACGACACCCAAUUUCAAUACAUUAGAAGAUUUCUGUAAAGGAAGAAAUGAUACCAUUGUCAUUGUGCCUGUAGCUGAGCAGGACCAAUCUGGAGGUUGUAGGGCACCUUACUUCAGCUAAUAUCGGUUCCUCAACUGAAUAACAUGAACAGGAGGCACAGUGGGGAAUCAAACUCCCACCUAAACCACUGAGCUAUCCAGCUAACUCACCAGCAGGUACAAUCCACUGCAAAUGCAGAAAUCACAUGUUGCUCUAUCCUGGAAACCAGCAGUGAUAAAGGAUGUAAAGAUGAAAAUGAUACAAUGUUAGCUCAAGGGACUUUCUUUUUACCUCAGUUAGUUUUCUGUGACUGCUACAUUCACAAAUGUCCCUCCAGAUUUAAGAACUUGUUCUUAGGUUGACUAAAACAAUGUGGAUGGAUUAUAUCAUUUUUUUCACCAGAGUCCAACUUGCUCUGUCAGUAAAUGAUUACACGGAGUGCUGAUACAAUGGCUGAAUCGCCUGCAUGGAAAUGGGGAGCAGAAUACAAAAUUGUAGCUAGAACUCAGUAGUAAAUGUUAGAGGUACAAUGUGAAUAAAAAGUGCAUCUACUGACUAACAUUGAAGCCAAAACAUUUGUUUUUAAAAAGAUUAUUUAUUUCGCCAUUAACAUAUUGAGUCAUUCCAGGCUCAGAAAGCUUUACUAUAUUUAUAUUAAAGCCAUGAAUAUCAAUGUAUAAAAAUCAUAAUCCGUAAACAUGAUGUAUUCAGUGCAGAAAUAAUUUACACCUGAGUGGUAUAACAUGUCUAUAUGACACGGCUACAUAUGUUGUGUAAGGGUUCAGAGUGC